AUGGCUCGCGAGUUUGAUCAUCUCUUCAAAUUGCUCAUUAUCGGUGACAGUGGUGUGGGUAAGAGCUGCCUCCUCCUGCGAUUCGCUGACAAUACGUUCUCUGGCAGUUACAUUACAACUAUCGGUGUUGACUUUAAAAUAAGAACUUUAGAAAUAAAUGGUGAACGUGUGAAAUUACAAAUUUGGGAUACAGCAGGCCAAGAACGAUUCAGGACGAUAACAAGCACAUACUACAGAGGGACUCAUGGUGUCAUUGUCGUUUAUGAUGUUACAAAUGGAGAGUCCUUUGCAAAUGUAAAGAGAUGGCUUCAUGAGAUCGAACAAAAUUGCGAUGUUGUUAAUAAAGUUCUUGUUGGCAACAAGAAUGAUUGUCCGUCAAGGAAAGUUGUAGUUACAGAAGAUGCCCAAAGGUUUGCAAAUCAAAUGAAUAUACCCUUAUUUGAGACUAGUGCAAAGGAAAAUAUAAAUGUUGAAGAAAUGUUUUUGACAAUCACAAAAAUGGUUCUCAGAUCAAAAUUGGAAAUGAAAGAGAGGCAAAAUGUAUCACCAAAUGAUGUAGUAAAUAUUAGAAAGAACCAUAACAAAGGUAGAAAGAAAUGUUGUCAGUAA